GUGGAGCCCUCUGUGUGAUGGCAGUGUAUGUACUUCCUGUACCCAGCAACGGCCCGCCCUGGGGAGGGACUAGCACAACUUUGAUGAUAAGGCCACCACAGGCUGACCUCUGAAGGAAGCAACUGAGCGGGACAAGGCCAGCCCAGGCCAGGGUAACAGGUGUUCACUGCCACCUGCAGCUGCAGCCCCUUGCAGGCUAGAAGCAGCCACAGCCAUGGCAGGCAUGAAGACAGCCUCCGGGGACUAUAUCGACUCUUCCUGGGAGCUGAGGGUGUUUGUGGGCGAGGAGGACCCUGAGGCCCAGUCUGUCACGCUCCGAGUUACGGGGGAGUCGCACAUUGGUGGGGUGCUUCUGAAGAUCGUGGAGGAGAUCAAUCGCAAGCAGGACUGGUCUGACCAUGCCAUUUGGUGGGAGCAGAAGAGACAGUGGCUGCUGCAGACACACUGGACACUGGACAAGUAUGGGAUUCUGGCAGACGCCCGCCUCUUCUUUGGGCCGCAGCACCGACCUGUCAUCCUGAGAAUGCCCAACAGACGUAUGCUGCGUCUUCGUGCCAGCUUCUCCAAGCCCCUCUUCCAGACUGUGGCUGCCAUCUGCCGCCUCCUCAGUAUCAGGCACCCAGAGGAGCUGUCUCUGUUGCGUGCUCCAGAAAAGAAGGAGAAGAAGAAGAAGGAGAAGGAGCCUGAGGAAGAGGUGCAUGACCUGACAAAGGUUGUCCUAGCUGGCGGUGUGGCACCCACCUUAUUCCGAGGCAUGCCGGCACACUUCUCCGACAGUCCCCAGACUGAAGCUUGUUACCACAUGCUGAGCCGGCCACAGCCAGCACCUGACCCUCUCCUGCUCCAGCGCCUGCCAAGGCCUAGCUCCCUGCCUGACAAGACCCAGCUCCACAGCAGGUGGCUGGAUUCAUCACGGUGCCUCAUGCAGCAAGGUAUCAAGGCUGGGGACGUGCUUUGGCUACGAUUUAAGUACUACAGCUUUUUUGACCUGGAUCCCAAGACAGACCCAGUACGGCUGACCCAGCUGUAUGAGCAGGCCCGCUGGGACUUACUAACAGAGGAAAUCGACUGCACCGAGGAGGAGAUGAUGGUGUUUGCUGCCCUGCAGUACCACAUCAACAAACUGACCCUGAGUGGGGAUGUGGGUGAGCUGGCCUCUGGGGACCUGGGGCUGGAUGACCUGGAUGCAGCCCUGAACAAUCUGGAGGUGAAGCUGAAGGGGUCAGCACCCACAGACAUGCUGGAUAGCCUCACCACCAUCCCAGAACUCACCGACCAUCUCCGAAUCUUCCGGCCCCGGAAGCUGACCCUGAAGGGCUACCGCCAGCACUGGGUAGUAUUCAAGGACACCACAUUGUCCUACUACAAGAGCCAAGAUGAAGCACCAGGGGACCCUAUUCAACAGCUCAACCUCAAGGGCUGUGAGGUGGUCCCUGAUGUCAAUGUCUCUGGCCAGAAGUUCUGCAUCAAACUCCUGGUACCCUCACCAGAAGGCAUGAGUGAGAUCUACCUGAGGUGCCAGGAUGAACAGCAGUACGCACAGUGGAUGGCUGCCUGCCGACUGGCCUCCAAGGGCCGCACCAUGGCGGACAGCAGCUAUGCCAGCGAGGUGCAGGCCAUUCUGGCCUUCCUCAGCCUGCAGCGGGCAGGCGGGGGCAACGGAGGCUCAGGGAACAAACCUCAGGGUCUAGAAGCCUCUGCUGAGGGCCUUAACCCCUAUGGCCUUGUGGCUCCUCGAUUCCAGCGAAAGUUCAAGGCCAAGCAGCUCACCCCACGGAUCCUGGAAGCUCAUCAAAAUGUGGCCCAACUCUCACUGACCGAGGCCCAGAUGCGCUUCAUCCAGGCCUGGCAAUCCUUGCCUGACUUCGGCAUCUCCUAUGUGAUGGUCAGGUUCAAGGGAAGCAGGAAAGAUGAGAUCCUAGGCAUUGCCAACAACCGGCUGAUCCGAAUUGACCUGGCUGUGGGCGACGUGGUCAAGACCUGGCGCUUCAGCAACAUGCGGCAGUGGAACGUCAACUGGGACAUCCGGCAGGUGGCCAUUGAGUUUGAUGAACACAUCAAUGUGGCCUUCAGUUGUGUGUCUGCGAGCUGCCGCAUCGUGCAUGAGUACAUCGGGGGCUACAUUUUCCUGUCCACUCGGGAGCGGGCCCGAGGGGAGGAGCUGGAUGAGGAUCUGUUCCUGCAGCUUACAGGAGGCCAUGAAGCCUUCUAAGGGCAGCCCCGGCUCCACUCCACCUCCAGGGACCCUCCCAAGGCCACACCCACCUGAACUCACUGCUCAUCACUCCCAGCCUGUACCCUGCUGGGCACCCUCACUUGUCACCAGGUAGGCCAGGACCCUUGCUGGGGCAGAUACUACCACCACCUAGCCUAGGGAUGACGGGCCCUGAGCCACACAGAGCCCCCACUCUUGCCCUGUUGCCAAAAGCUCACACCCCUGACCUAUAUUUAGUCCCUAAGCACAUGACAAAUGCCAGACAUGGAUAAGGAACACGGAAUCCUGGUUUGAAGCUGGACUUUCUUUCUGUUUCUGUUUCAGUUUUUUUUAAUAAAUAAAUAUUUUAUUGUUGGAUCUUUCUUCUUCCUCGUC